CGAUGUUCCAGAGUCUUUUCCCGCAAAACAUUCAACCGCGUAAGGUUUGCGGGACUAUGAAAUUGUACGGACCGUGAAAGUCUUCUAGACUUUUGGACCGCCUCCUCUCCCGAAAUAGUAUUUUUAUCGUCAUCUGUUGAUUACACUCUGUUGGGGUGACGGUGCGCUGACCCACUGCGGGGUCUAGGGGCGCUAGCUUGGUGAUCAGUGUGGUCCUUGUGUCCGGUGGGAAAUGGCGAAUCCAGAGGCCGUAGGCAACGCUUUCUUGGACUACUUUUACAACCUGUUCGCAACCAAUCGCGCUGCACUGGCUAGCCUCUAUCAGGACUCCAGUCUCCUCACGUUCGAGGGGGCAAAGUUCCAGGGCCAACAGAACAUUAUCAACAAGCUGACGACGAUGCCCUUUCAAAAGGUUGCAGUGCAGCGGGACACCGUUGAUAUCCAGCCGUCGAUCUCGGGCGGCAUCCUCAUUUUCGUGACGGGCAAGCUGAUGCCCGAGGGGGAAAGCAUUCCUUUGAAAUUCAGCCAGGCAUUUCACCUCAUGCCUACGCCGGCUAGCAGCUUUGUGGUAACUAACGACAUGUUCCGCCUCAACUACGGUUAAGCACACUUGCCGUGCAGUGGAUUGCAUGCGGCGUUGUGUUUGAGUAAGAUUGCCGCCUUCAGCGCCGCGCGCGGCAAAGGUGUGUACAUUUUAAGCUGGCGCUUCCAGUUCAAUCCGGAGAUGUAAGGUGGAUAUUAUUACGUGGAAAUUACUGAACUUGGAUGGUGAAGUGGUUGUGGCGGUCAUGGAGCUUGGGUAGCAAGCGGGACAUAUGGCUGGUUAUUGCUUUGGCCCCAGGAGGAUUCAAUUGGGAUGUGCCUAAGUCUGUAAGGGAAUGAAACGCUUGUGCCUGUAAUGCGUGAAUAGGCUUUGCGUUACACAUGCCGUGUCCAUUCGUAUACAAGCAAACCUUGCGAUAUACAAGCACGCAUGCAAUACCAAAAACGACAUUCUUCAGAGCUUGUUGAAUUUUUUCUUCAAUGCCAAAAGUUGCGCCUCGAUAUCAUCCUUGUUUGAGCGCUCAGCAGCUUGUCCUUGUGCUCCAAACUCCUUUGCAUCCACUAGCGGCAGACGGGAGGGUACAGAUCAUACAGCAAACCCGAACAACAGCAAACCCGAACAGCAGCGUCAUGCUGUUGUUAACCGGUCUUGUAUGGUGAUCGCUAUACGAUUAGUAUAACCU